AUGACAUCAUACAGAGCCAAGAGGAGCAAACCAUGUCUGAAAAUGAGCAUUAGGGUGACUGUAAAUCAAGUAGACCUUGGUCGAUCUCCCUCCAGAACAGAGAACCUGGGAUGUCCCUGUGACUCUUUGGUGGCUUUAGGAAGACAUGUUUUCCAAAACCUUCAAAAUAGGCUGGUGCAGUCCUACCAACAGCAGCCCUUGGACCUUGAUCAUAUUGAGUUCCUCUGCGUGAACGCAUCAACUCUAGUCUGUUCUCUUUCUGCUCAUAUUAAUGUUCCAUCACUGGUAGUUGAAGCUCUUCACCACCUCAUCUGCCUCAUCCAUUCCGAUAUGGAUACAAGAAGGUCUGCCAUUGUUGUUGACAGCUCAGCUGGUGAACGGGGGAGGCCAAAGCUCUAUGUUUCCAAAGACCACCUCAAAGAUCUAAUAAAGAUGGACCUCUCCGUUCCUUGUAUCUCCAAGCUUUUGGGCAUAUCACAGAAAACAGUCCGACGAAGAAUGGAAGAGUGGGGCCUCUCAAUAACAGCAACCUACAGCUCACUAUCAGAUGAUGAACUUGACAACUUAAUUGCAGCCAUAAAACAGGAAUCGAAAAAUCUGGGCUACAGAAUGGUUAAAGGACGCCUCAGGGCACUGGGCCACAAGGUGCAGUGGAACAGAGUAUGGGAUUCCAUGCGUCGUGUUGACAGCGCUGGAAUCCUUGAAAGGAUGGCAAAUCUUGGAUGUGUUGUCAGAAGGACAUACAGUGUUCCUGGUCCUCUGUCACUGCUCCACAUUGACACCAACCAUAAGUUAAUUAGAUAUGGACUUGUGAUGUUUGGUGGUGUUGAUGGCUUCUCAAGGAAGAUCUUGUACUUGAAAGCAGCUAACAACAACAAGGCUUCUACAGCACUGACGUUCUUCCUUGAGGCUGUACAGAAGCAUGGAUUUCCAUCGAGAGUGAGGGGAGACCAAGGAGUUGAGAAUGUUGACAUUGCUCGAUACAUGUUUGAAGUUCGGGGCUGUGGUAGAGGAAGCUUUAUGUCUGGCAAAAGCGUGCAUAACCAAAGGAUAGAGCGCCUGUGGCGAGACGUUUGGAAUGUUGUCACCAACAUCUACUACGAUCUUCUUCACAGACUUGAGGAAGACAGACUCUUGGAUCCAACAAACUGUACUGACCUUUUUUGUGCACAGUAUGUGUUUUUGCCACGAAUCCAAGCAGAUUUGGAGACGUUUAUUGAAGGCUGGAACAAUCACUCUCUUAGGACAGAGCGGAACUACACCCCAAACCAACUAUGGGAGAUUGGAAAGACUCAGAAUCCAGUCAAUCCUCCUGAAAGUAUUGUGGCAGAGUAUCCAGAUGUGGACAUUGCAGACUUGGACCAAACUGGUAUUCACCUUCCAGAACUUGUGUCUCCACUUGACAGUGAGGAUUUGGAAAGAGUGAGACACCUUUUCAAUCCCAUGGAACCCUCUAUGUCCUAUGGGGCUGACAUUUACAGUUCCCUUGUCCAGUAUGUGGAAGCCAUUCUUGAGAACAGGCAGGAUUUAUAGCUUUAUCUAGAGUGAUGGUUGAAAAUAAGAUGCCCUAACAGAUGUUUACAUUAUGUUGAAUUAUCAGUUUUUGUAUCCAAGGACAGUUACUAAAAGUCUGCAUCAAUAUUUAUUUUCAGUUUUUAAUGUUAAUGCAUUUUGUGUUUGAUGAGUUUACAGUUAUAUUUUCCUGAUAAUCUGUCAGUUAAUGCAAAGGUAACAUGAUAAAUUCUUUCUGUUCUCAUGUAAGUCUUUUGUUUAAUAAUAGCUUCAAUAAAAAUUUGUUUAGGUGCCUA